CCUGCCCAAACACACCUGCGGAUGCAGCGGCAGCGGGCGGAUCAGUCGCAGCUCCGGUCCCGGGACUAGCGAGCGGAGUCAGGCAGCUCCAGCGCAGCCAGGAGAGAGCGGCCGGGGCGCGGGUGGCGGCGGCGGCAGCAGCAGCAGCAUGGAGAAGGCGCACAGCAAGACGGUGGAAGAAGUUCUCGCCCACUUCGCCGUGAAUGAGAACACGGGGCUGAGCCUCGAGCAAGUGAAGCAGAGCCAGGAGCGCUGGGGCUUCAACGAACUUCCUGCGGAAGAAGGGAAGUCCCUGUGGGCCCUUGUGCUGGAACAAUUUGAAGAGCUGCUGGUGAGGAUCCUCCUGCUGGCUGCCUGCGUCUCAUUUGUCUUGGCUUGGUUUGAGGAUGAGAAAACCAUCACGGCAUUCGUGGAACCCUUUGUGAUCCUCCUAAUCCUGAUAGUGAAUGCUCUAGUUGGCGUUUGGCAGGAAAGGAACGCAGAGAAUGCCAUCGAGGCGCUCAAAGAGUAUGAACCCGAGAUGGGCAAGGUGUACCGCAUGGACCGGAAGGCUGUGCAGAGAAUCAAAGCUCGAGACAUUGUGCCUGGAGACAUUGUGGAAAUCGCAGUUGGUGAUAAAGUCCCCGCUGACAUCAGGAUUAUCGGCAUCAAGUCAACAACACUGCGAGUGGACCAGUCCAUUCUUACAGGUGAAUCUGUCUCUGUCAUCAAGCACAGUGAUCCCGUGCCUGACCCACGAGCUGUAAACCAGGACAAGAAGAACAUGCUGUUUUCGGGAACCAACAUUGCGGCCGGGAAGGCUCUGGGUGUGGUCGUGGCCACGGCCAUCAACACCGAGAUCGGCAAGAUUCGCAACCAGAUGGCGUCCACGGUAUGCGAGAAGACUCCCCUCCAGCAGAAGCUGGACGAGUUUGGCCAGCAGCUCUCCAAGGUGAUAUCCAUCAUCUGCGUGGCCGUCUGGGUCAUCAACAUCGGCCACUUCAAUGACCCCGUCCACGGAGGGUCGUGGGUUCGCGGCGCCAUCUACUACUUCAAGAUCGCGGUGGCGCUGGCGGUGGCUGCCAUCCCCGAGGGACUGCCCGCUGUCAUCACCACCUGCCUGGCCCUGGGCACCCGCCGCAUGGCCAAGAAGAACGCCAUCGUCCGCAGCCUUCCCUCCGUGGAAACCCUGGGCUGCACCUCAAUCAUCUGCUCCGACAAGACAGGCACACUCACCACCAACCAGAUGUCCGUCUGUAAGAUGUUCGUGGUCGAUACGGUGGUGGGGGACAAGUGUAAGCUGCAUGAGUUCAACAUCACGGGAUCUACCUACGCACCAGAGGGGGAAGUGUUCAUGGGUGACAAGCCCAUUGAAACCAGCCAGUACGCCGGACUUGUUGAGCUGGCUACUAUUUGUGCCCUGUGCAACGAUUCCUCCCUGGAUUACAAUGAAACUAAGGGAAUUUACGAGAAGGUUGGGGAAGCCACAGAAACAGCUCUCGUUUGCCUGGUGGAAAAGAUGAACGUUUUCAACACUGAUAUCAGCAACAUCACUAAAGUGGAGAAAGCCACCUACUGCAACAAUACCAUCAAGCAGCUGAUGAAGAAGGAUGUGACACUGGAAUUCUCCCGCGAUCGCAAGUCCAUGUCUGUCUACUGCUCUCCCGUCAGUCCAUCGGUCGGAGCUGGGAACAAGAUGUUUGUGAAGGGGGCUCCUGAAGGAGUAAUCGAGCGUUGCAAUUACAUCCGUUACGGCACCUCCAGAGUGCCCCUGACACCCCGACUGAAGGAGCAGAUCCUGAGCGUGAUCAAGGAGUGGGGAACGGGACGGGACACGCUGCGCUGUUUGGCGCUGGCAACCCGGGACAGCCCACUCAAGAAGGACGAGAUGGACCUGGAGGAUGCCACCAAAUUCAUCAAGUAUGAGACUGACCUCACGUUUGUGGGCUGUGUGGGGAUGUUGGACCCCCCGAGGAAAGAAGUGGUGGACGCCAUCCGCAGGUGUGAGAAGGCCGGGAUCCGUGUCAUCAUGAUCACCGGUGACAACAAGGGCACGGCCAUCGCCAUCUGCCGCCGGGUUGGGAUCUUCGGUGUGGACGAGGACGUGUCGGGGAAGGCCUACACUGGCCGCGAAUUCGACGACCUGUCGCUGGAGGAGCAGCGGGAAGCCUGUCGCUCCACCCGCUGCUUUGCCCGCGUCGAGCCCUCGCACAAGUCGAAGAUCAUCGAGUACCUACAGUCGUUCGAUGAGAUCACAGCCAUGACGGGAGAUGGCGUUAAUGAUGCUCCUGCUCUAAAGAAGGCUGAGAUUGGGAUUGCCAUGGGCUCAGGAACUGCUGUGGCUAAGACGGCAGCAGAAAUGGUGUUGUCAGACGACAACUUCUCCACCAUCGUGUCGGCCGUGGAGGAGGGGCGAGCUAUCUACAACAACAUGAAGCAGUUUAUUCGCUACCUUAUCUCCUCCAACGUGGGCGAAGUGGUCUGCAUUUUCCUCACUGCCAUCCUGGGCUUGCCCGAGGCCCUGAUCCCGGUGCAGCUGCUCUGGGUGAACCUGGUGACAGACGGUCUUCCAGCCACGGCUCUGGGCUUCAACCCUCCCGACCUCGACAUCAUGAACAAACCACCUCGCAAUCCCAAGGAGUCCCUCAUUAGCGGCUGGCUCUUCUUCCGAUACAUCGCCAUUGGAGUGUACGUUGGCCUGGCGACAGUCGGAGCAGCCACCUGGUGGUUCAUGUACGAUGAGACUGGUCCACAGGUCACCUUCAACCAGCUGCGACACUUCAUGCAGUGCACCGCGGACAACCCGCUCUACCAGGACGUUGAGUGUUCCGUCUUUGCUUCCCGCUUCCCGACAACCAUGGCGCUGUCCGUCCUGGUGACCAUCGAGAUGUGCAACGCUUUGAACAGCUUGUCAGAGAACCAGUCGUUGUUGAGGAUGCCGCCCUGGGUGAACAUCUGGCUUCUGGGGACAAUCUGCAUAUCCAUGUCUCUGCACUUCCUGAUCCUCUACGUGGAGCCACUCCCUCUGGUCUUCCAAGUGACUGCUCUGGACUGGCAUCAGUGGGUGAUGGUCCUGAAGAUCUCACUGCCCGUCAUCUUAGUGGACGAGUCACUCAAAUUUCUGUCCCGUAACUACAUUGAGGGAGGAGAAGGUGACAAAUACAGGAAGAACAGGCAGCUGAAAUUCUAGGAACUGGCCGGAAAUUCGCGCUCCGAGAGAGUCCAACGCACGACGUUCACAUCAUGCACCAACGAGCGUUUGUUCUCUGUCAGGGGUGUGCGGCCAAACUUCUUGCAUUUCCCAGUUGUGUAGAUCUCCCUGUGAACGCCGUGUGCAAUAACUGGACAGCUGGCCUGCGUCUGAAACGCGAGUGUCUGUGUAAGGGUAAAAAAUGUCAACUGGAAUGAAUUCUAUAACGGAUCUUUAGCGUUUGACAGAAUGAUGUGGUGUUUUGUUUAGUAGUUCCUGUUGGCUCUGUGCCCUUUCCUCUUCAUUGUACUGUUCACCAGAAAAUUAGAAUCCCCCUUUAAAUUCUAUGGA